AUGUUUAGAAAUAAUUACGAUAACGAUUCAGUCACAUAUUCACCUACAGGUAGAUUAUUCCAAGUCGAGUAUGCUUUAGAAGCUAUUAAACAAGGAAGUGCAGCUGUUGGUUUAACGUCGAAUGAUUAUGUUGUGUUAGUAGCUCUAAAAAGAAAUGCAGAGGAAUUGGGAUCUUACCAAAAGAAGAUCAUAAAAAUUGAUGAUCACAUGGGAGUGGCAUUGGCUGGUUUGGCACCGGAUGCUAGAGUUUUAUCUAAUUUUUUAAGAAAACAAGCAAUGCAAUGUAAAAUGGUUUUCAAUCGUCCAAUUCAAACCUAUAAAGCAGUUUUGUCAAUUGCUGAUAAAGCCCAAGAAAAUACACAAACUUAUGGAUCUAGGCCAUAUGGUGUCGGGUUGUUGAUUGCUGGAUAUGAUGAAACAGGGGCACACCUUUUUGAGUUUCAACCUAGUGGAAGCGUCUUGGAAUAUUUUGGAGCCGCCAUAGGAGCAAGAUCCCAAGCAGCUCGUACAUAUUUAGAAAGAAAUUUAGAAGAAAUAAAGAAAUGUGAUGACGUUGAGAAGUUGGUACUCCAUGGAUUAUAUGCUUUGAGAGAUACGUUGUCUCAAGACGUUGAAUUGACAUUUAAAAACACCAGUGUUUCAAUUGUUGGUAAAGAUCAAAGUUUUGUAUCGUAUGACGAUGAAAAUGUGCAACAAUGGUUGGAUAAAUUAGACUCUGUCUCGAACGCUAGAAAUAGAGAUGGCGAUGAUGAUGAGGAUGGUGAUGAACAAGAAGAGGGUAAUGCAACCCAAGCUCAAGAAGGAGAAGGUACUGAAGCACCAGCAGAAGACAGAAUGGAAACUGACGAGUAA